AUGGGAAUCGACGCCGGUUUCGAUAUGGUUCCUCCUCUAUCUAAAGGAGCCACAGACAGACUAAGCUGGGGACAAUUCAUCGACCACAUCAAGGAGCAUUACAAAGAUGACAACCAGGUUGAGAUAAAGCCGAAUUACAUUCUUUUUAAGGCCGGCGAACAUCCCAAGCUUCCCUUCGAGGGCCACAAACUUCUUCGUUUCAGUUCGAAGGUAUCGGGAUCUAUCGACGCAGACACCAAUAUAGAAAGCUAUAUUGACACUGUGAGGCGUAUUGCACAGACGCAAUUUGGCUCUCGUAUCCGGUGUUGGAAUGAGGGUGCUGAUCAAUAUGGUACCUACAAGUGGGAUGAAGUCAAUGAAUCCCUCAGGUCUUACGAGGAGGUAGUUUGCCCUCUUCCUCCCAAAUAUGAUCCUAUGCUCGAUAAACAAUCUUUGACAUUUCGCUCGUAGCCAGAUGACGUUGAGACUCUGACCAGCAUCGGCCAGCCACUUAUUGGAAACGAUCCCAUUCAAGAGACGGGCGCUGCGCUUUUCGAGAUCAAGCACAUCCCAGGAAACGGCAGAGGCCUGGUUGCUCGAUUCGACAUACCUAAAGGCACUCAAAUCAUUUGUGAGAAGCCGCUUUUUACAGCUGGUCCCAUGCCCCCCAGUGAGCUAGAGGGGUUUCUUGCAACAAAAUUGAAGGGCUUGCCCAAAGAGUCACAGCGGCAGUUUCUGUCUCUUCACAAUAACUUUCCUGGAAAGAAGCCAUUCAGCGGCAUCUUUAAAACGAAUGCUCUGCCUUGUGGAUUUGGAUCGCUCAUCAGCGGCGUCUACCCCACAAUUUGCUCAAUCAACCACAGCUGCAUGCCAAAUGCUCAUAAAAGCUGGAACAGCUUAGAGGAGCACGAAACAAUCCACGCUGUACGAUCGAUUAAGAGUGGAGUUGAGAUCAUAACAUCGUAUUACCGUGGUGGUACGUCAAGUGAACGGCAGGCAGAACUGAAAGAAAAGUUUGGUUUCUCCUGUACCUGCAGCGGUUGCACUCUUCCCCCUUCCUCACUCCAAGCUAGUGACAAUCGGCGCACAAGGAUCCGGAAUCUUGAUAAAGCUGUUGGAGAUGGCGUUCGCAUGAUGAAUAAUCCACAAGAGAGCUUGAAGGACUGCUACUCACUGCUUCAAGUCCUUGAAGAAGAGUUCGAAGGGUGCGCUCAGGCACUGACUGCUAGAACCUACUACGACGCCUUCCAGAUCUGCAUCAUGCAUGGGGACCAAGCGCGAGCGAGCGUAUUUGCGGAGAGGGCCUAUAAAGCUAGGGUGAUCUGCGAGGGUGAAGAUAGCCCCAAUACGCAGAGAGCGAAGUCUCUUGUGUUGAAACCAGAACUGCAUAACAACUUUGAAGCGUAUUCUAAGAUGCGGAAGAGUACGAGGAUUAUGUUACCACAGGGUUUGGAUACUACGGAGUUCAACAAGUGGUUGUUUAAGCUGGAGAAUUAA